CCCCUGGCCCCUCCCCGCUGCCGGUCAGAGUCACACAUGUGUUUUCCUGUUUUCCAUUUCGGUCCCCGGCACCCUCUGCCUUUUCUGCUCCUCAGAGUCAACAGCUGCUGCAGCUUGAGCCAUAACCCCCUCCCCCCAGUUCCCCUUCAUAGAGCCUUCUCCUCCCCCAAGUGUGCUGGUAGCGCCUCCUCCCUGCACCUGCCACUGGACAGUUAGGGGAGGCAGCCCAGACCAGUUGGAGCCAGGAAGGCAGGACGUGGGGUCUCUGGAGGAGGACGUGUGUUCUCACGGUAGCUGCCUUCGCAGGCUGAGGAGCCAAGCCCCUGAAGUGUGUGGUGGUUCCUGGAGGAAGUGUGCUUUGGUGUUGCCAUUCACAGCUGGGGCCAGAGUGAAGGGCUCCGUUGGCUGCAGUGCCAGGCACUGACUGCAUGCUGCCCUCCUGAACCCCUGAAUCCAAGAUUUCUCCCACUAGCUAUUGGGUGAGUGUGUCGUCCUGUAAUCUCUGCUAGGAUCUCAGAGAUGACAGCACCUCAGACAGAAAACAAAGGAUACUGUAUUGUGAACACUGUUGGCUCCCAGGGGUUCAGACUGUGCAAGGCUUUCCUCUAAAACCUUGAGUCAGAGAAGCCCUUUUAGGAGAGCCUGGGAGUUCUGCUGAUCCCAGGAUGCUUGAAUGGUGGAAGCAUUAAUCCAAGAACCAGGGUCUUAGGGAGGAAUGUGAGCUGCCUACAAUGCUAGGCAGUGGUUGAGAAAAGAGGGGGGCAUCCUUUGGACGAAUGACAACCUACUGGCCUCCUGGCCAGUUUGUGGGGCAGACUGAAGCGCUGGGUAGAUUCCACUCCUAGCACUUCCUCAUGAGACCACUAGGGUAUGCUGUUUGCUGGUGUGGUUUUUCGUCUCUAGAUGCCAUGAAGACGGUUUAACUUUUCAGAUAUCCCCAGCCAGGAAUGAAGCCCUGCACACAUCUGUCCCCACAUGCCCUCACGGGUUCCCCUUCCUUUCUCCCUCCCUCAUUUAUUCUUCAUGUCAUGUUAGGACACAUGCCCACCCUGUGGUGCCAGUGAAUUUGGUCUUAAAAGGGCAGACGUGAAGAUGUGUUUCCAUGUGUUUUUGUUUGCUUUAUAAGUGGGCACCCUACGAAUAGCAGCACUACCAAGAGGGCUUGUAAUCACCUCUCAUCCCUGCAAAGGGAUGAGAAAGAGGAGCGGCAGUGGGAAAGGAGAUGAAUAAGCUUUGUUGGAGCCUUUAGACUGCAGACUGAAGGACCGCAGAAGCUGUUGGCUUUCUUUUCAAUCUAACCACGUAUUCCCCCAGGGAAGUCAUAAGGAGCCACCUGAAUUGCUUUCCAGCCUAAAAGGAAGUCCCGGAGUGUAGAUACUUGGAGGGGGUGGGAAGGUACAGGAGACAGUACACUUCAGUGGUUAAGAGCAUGGACUCUGGGUUUCCAGAUGACCGGCCUCCUUCUCUAGUUUGAAACCUGGCAAAUGGUUUAGUACUUGCUUUUUUUUUCCAGGGGCUGCCAAAGGAUUAAAUGGUUGUCCAGGUGGCACAGUGGUUAAGAGCUCAGCUGUUAAGCAAAAGGUCGGAGGUUCGAAUCCACCAGCCACUCCUUGGAAACUUAUGGGGCAGUUCUACUCUGUCUGAUUGGGUCACUAGGGCGAUGCCAGGGAGCUGGUGAAGGCUUUCCUCUCCUUCUCCGCCAUGGGUGACAGUGUUAAGUAUGCAGUGGCGCCCCAGCACGACGGGGAUUCCUCCGCUUUGGCCGAUGGGGCUAGCCCAGGGUCCGAGCAGGUAAAGCUGAAGAAGGAGAUCUCACUGCUUAACGGCGUGUGCCUGAUUGUGGGGAACAUGAUCGGCUCGGGCAUCUUCGUCUCUCCCAAGGGCGUGCUCAUGUACAGUGCCUCCUUUGGCCUCUCCCUGGUCAUCUGGGCUGUUGGGGGCCUCUUCUCUGUCUUUGGGGCCCUUUGUUAUGCUGAACUAGGCACCACCAUUAAGAAAUCUGGGGCCAGCUAUGCCUACAUCCUUGAGGCUUUUGGGGGACUCCUUGCCUUCAUCCGACUGUGGACCUCCCUCCUCAUCAUCGAGCCCACCAGCCAGGCCGUCAUUGCCAUCACCUUUGCCAACUACAUGGUGCAGCCGCUCUUCCCCAGCUGCUUGGCCCCCUAUGCUGCUGUCCGCCUGCUGGCUGCUGCCUGCAUCUGUCUUUUAACCUUCAUUAACUGUGCCUAUGUCAAGUGGGGAACACUGGUGCAAGAUAUUUUCACCUAUGCUAAAGUAUUGGCGCUGAUCGCGGUCAUCAUUGCAGGCAUUGUUAGACUUAGCCAGGGAGCCUCAUCUCACUUUGAGAAUUCUUUUGAGGGUUCGUCAUAUGCGAUGGGUGACAUUGCCCUGGCCCUGUACUCGGCUUUGUUCUCCUACUCGGGCUGGGACACCCUCAACUAUGUCACCGAAGAGAUCAAGAAUCCUGAGAGGAACUUGCCACUCGCCAUUGGCAUUUCCAUGCCCAUUGUCACCAUCAUCUACAUCUUGACCAAUGUGGCCUAUUACACCGUGCUGGACAUGAGAGACAUCCUGGCCAGUGAUGCUGUUGCUGUGUCUUUUGCAGACCAGAUUUUUGGAGUAUUCAACUGGACAAUUCCAUUGGCAGUUGCAUUAUCCUGCUUUGGUGGCCUCAAUGCCUCCAUUGUGGCUGCUUCUAGGCUUUUCUUUGUGGGUUCAAGAGAAGGUCAUCUUCCUGAUGCCAUCUGCAUGAUUCAUGUUGAGCGGUUCACACCAGUACCUUCUCUGCUCUUCAAUGGUCUCAUGGCACUGAUCUACUUGUGUGUGGAGGACAUCUUCCAGCUUAUUAACUACUACAGCUUCAGCUACUGGUUCUUUGUGGGGCUCUCUAUUGUGGGCCAGCUUUAUCUGCGCUGGAAGGAGCCUGGCUGGCCUCGACCUCUUAAGCUCAGCCUUUUCUUCCCCAUUGUCUUCUGCCUCUGCACCAUCUUCCUGGUGGCUGUUCCACUUUACAGUGAUACCAUCAACUCCCUCAUUGGCAUUGGCAUUGCCCUCUCAGGCUUGCCCUUUUAUUUCUUCAUCAUCAGAGUGCCAGAACACAAACAACCUCUUUGCCUCCGAAGGAUUGUGGCAUCCACCACAAGGUACCUCCAGGUCCUAUGUAUGGCAGUUGCUACAGAGAUGGAUUUGGAAGAUGGGGAAGAGAUGCCUAAGCAACGAGACCCCAAGUCUAACUAAAUACCACUGUGAGUCCUGAUAUGAGGACCUCUUGUCUCCUACUAGCUGGAGCCAAGAAGUUGAAAAGGAAAGCUAACUUCUUUGGAGGCACCUACCAGAUGCCUGGUCAAGGCAGCUUCAAUAACCUUGUGAACUUGUUUUUUGAGAGAUGGAAAGUAAUUUAUUUGUUUUGCUAUAUAGUGUUCCAGGUUUUUUUUUUUUUUUUUUUUUUUAAGGGAAUGGUAAAGCAGGCUGUGGUGGGGAGCAUGUCAAGGGUGGGUUUGAUGGUUCUCGUAGCACAUUCCUAGGUGUUUAAGAUGCUGACUCACCUCUGGGUUGUGCUGACCCAAUCUCCUUUUCCUUUAAAAGGGCCAGUAAUGCUCUGAGCUUCUUGACUCUUUUAGAGAGAUAGGAAACUGUCACAGGUGCUGGACAACAAUAAAAGGGAUAUAUUCCUAUG